AUGGGCUGUGUUUGGGCGAAGCAAAAAACAACACGCAUAUUUGAAGACCCCUCUCUUCUUUCCUCUCAAACAAGAUUUACUGUCACAGAGAUAAAAUCACUGAAUGAGCUGUUCAGAAAAUUGGGCAGUACCUUAGUAGAUGAUGGCUUCCUCAACAGGGAGGAGUUCAAACUUGGACUAUUUGGGGACAGCAAGAAGCAGUCUCUUUUUGGGGACAGAAUGUUCGAUUUGUUCGACUCCAAACGUGACGGGGUGUUAGAUUUCGGAGAGUUCGUGAGAUCGUUGAACGUGUUCCAUCCCGACACGCCUCGCGACGAAAAAGCCAUUUUUGCAUUUAAACUAUACGACUUGUGGCAGACCGGUUACAUCGAGAAAGAAGAGGUUAAGGUGAUGGUAAAAGAGUUCCUAAAUGAGUCAAGUUUGAUUCUUUCUGAUGAUAUUAUUCAAGCCAUGGUGGAUAAGACAUUUGAGGAAGCAGAUACAGAAAAGGAUGGGAAAAUAGAUAUGGAAGAGUGGAAAGAAUUUGCCUCUCUAAAACCAUCCUUGUUGAGGAACAUGACUAUUCCUUAUUUAAGGGACAUACCAACUACAUUCUCUAGCUUGGGAUGA